ACCUGGUAGUAGCUGACGCCUGACUCAAGUCACUCUGCUCGAAACCUAGACAACCGAAACAGUAUCGUCAGCUUUUCAACAGCCUUGUUGGACGAAAUUGCAGCUUCAGUAUUCACUUUAUUCCAAUCGAAUCGCUGUAGUUCAUUAGAGCAGCAAGCGAUCUACCCUUGAAUAUCUAACAUGCAUCUGAUGUACUAUCAAGAUCAAGAUGGCAAACGAGUUUACACGAUGAAGAAAGUCGACCCGAACGGCAAACCAACUAUUUCUGCUCAUCCAGCUCGCUUCUCACCGGAUGACAAGUAUUCUCGUCAACGUGUUCUAUUAAAGCGCCGGUUUGGCUUACUAUUGACCCAAGCACCCAUGCCUGUGUAUUAGUAUGAAACCACAUCACCAUAUGCAAACUGAUAUCUUACCGAAUUUAAUGUCCUUAUCUAGUACAAGUGGAUAAAUAUGUUGCAAAUUUUCACGAAAUCCGUAUUUUGUUAAUAGGAAGAACAAAUCUUAAAACGCUGUAUUUUGUCCUAAAAAUGUUUAUGUUUUAUCACUAUGGUAUGUUGAUAAGGUUAAAAUCUCUGUAUUGUCCGUGAGGUUAAAAGGAGAACUGCUGUGACCUUGAUCACAGCUUUUAAUGCAUUGUAAUAAGUAUAUUCUUCAUAUGGAAAAUAUUCCACUUCCGAAAUGAU